CGAACGGCUGCUCUACGUUUUCCGGCAGUCGUACUUCUUUGACAGUCUUGUUUUUUGGCAAAUAUAGUUAGUCAGCGAGUGUAAUAUUUUGGUUUGUAAAACCUGUUAGCCUGUGUGUUUCACAUUAUUUUUUGUUGUUUAGCACUUUUUAAGUUGCACACACUGCCGUGAUGGCCUCCAACUAUAAGAAGCCAUCACUGGGUGCAACUUCACAACGUAAAAAGGCUGGCCCCAAACCAGAACUGACAGAGGAACAGAAGCAAGAGAUAAGGGAAGCUUUUGACCUUUUUGAUACUGAUGGCUCUGGCUACAUAGAUGUGAAGGAACUGAAGGUAGCAAUGAGAGCUCUGGGAUUUGAGCCAAAAAAGGAAGAAAUUAAGAAAAUGAUUGCCGAAAUUGAUAAAGAAAGCACAGGAAAAAUUGACUUCAGUGACUUCUUGGGAGUGAUGACCCAGAAAAUGGCAGAAAAGGACUCAAAAGAAGAAAUAUUAAAAGCAUUUCGCUUAUUUGAUGAUGAUGAGACUGGAAAAAUCUCAUUCCGAAACCUAAAAAGAGUUGCUAAGGAGCUUGGGGAGAACCUCACUGAUGAGGAGCUACAGGAAAUGAUUGAUGAAGCGGACAGAGAUGGAGAUGGAGAGGUGAACGAGCAAGAAUUCCUGCGUAUUAUGAAAAAGACCAGCCUCUAUUAGAUGGACAAGUUCUAUAUUUAUUGUUGUUGUUUUUUGGUUUUUUUUUUGUAUUCUGAAAAUAUAUUCCCUGUUACUAAAAAGUAAUAUAUAUGUAUGUUGACCAAAUGUGUAAAUAACUAAACAAAAAAAAGAAAAAAACUUUUACAAAAAUAUUUAAUCAGAUGUUUUGGAUCGAAAGUAAAUGUGCCAUUUAUCUAUGAUGCAAAGUAAUCUAUUGAUUUCUAGAAAAGCCUUAAUGUACUUCAGGAGUUAUUUGACACAUUUAAAAUUAUAAAAGAAUUUUACAUAAAGUUAUAAAGAGAUAUUGAUAAUAAAAGUUUAUGUACUCUUAAAUUGUUCUAGUAAACAAAUAUAAAAAUGUUUAAAUGUUUGUGUUACCCAGUUAUCUGUUUUUAUUCCUCCUUAUUGUUUUGUUUUUAAUUACCUUCUAUGUUUUCUACAGCUGUGAUUGUAUCUGUGAAUAAAAAUUAUAUUUUA